CAGUCAAAAAGAUGAUUUGACAGCUGGAAACCUUAAAAAAUGAACACUAUUAUCUGGUUUAGUCAUUUUAAAAGAAAUAUUUCGCUUCAAAACAAUUCUUAAAUUCAGUUCAAGAUUUACAGAAUGGCAACUUUUUCCACCAGCAUGACGGUGGUGGACCUUGCUAUAGACCCGUUAAUUACAUGCCGUCUUUGCCUAUCAGAGUAUGCUCCACAUGACAUGUAUACUCUUCAAGACUGUGGAUGCAUUUAUUGUAAAGAAUGUGUCCAGCAGUAUGUAAUGGUGAUGAUUUACGAGGGAAAUGUGGUCUCCAUCACAUGUCCUGAUGCUCAGUGCCGUAAACAGGGGAAAAUACUGUUCUCAGAGGUGAAGACCCUGGUUGAUGAGAAACACUUCGCCAGAUACAGAAAACUGAAAUUCCAGAAAGAAGUUGACCUAGAUCCUGACAGGACGUUUUGUCCCGAGGCGGGGUGUGAGACUGUGUGUCAUGUGUGUAGCACCUCCUCCAGUCAGGCCUUCAGCAAACCUACACCUGUAGACUGUCCUAAGUGCAAGCUACAGUUUUGCUCAGUGUGCAAGUCCAAAUGGCAUCACACAAAGUCCUGCAAUGACGUGGUCAUGUCGGGACGAUUAGAGGACCAAGGGAUCCCAUUCACAAGUGAGGCAGAGUCGAACAUCAAGAGAUGCCCAGUGUGCCAUGUGCCAAUUGAGAGAAACGAUGGCUGCGCACAGAUGAUGUGCAAGCGUUGUAAACAUGUCUUCUGUUGGUACUGCCUCACGUCUUUGGAUGAUGACUUUCUCCUGCGACACUACGACAAAGGUCCGUGCAAGAACAAACUGGGUCAUUCCAGAGCGUCUGUGAUAUGGCACCGCACUCAGGUGAUAGGGAUAUUUGCCGGGUUCGGAGUCCUUCUACUGGUUGCCUCGCCAUUUCUUCUCCUGGCAGCACCGUGCAUUUUGUGCUGCAAAUGCAGUAAGGUCAGUAAGUGUUGUAGUGAUGAUGAUGACGAUCCAGUUGCUGCCAACAGCGGGUAGCAGUUCUGUACCCCAGUCGCCUGAGCAUCAAGUGUGACUUACAUUACCAAUGUGAUAGAGGAUGAAACCAGUCUGACUUUAUUUACAAGUUUAUAGACUGAAACGUGUUAUGAGAUUUUUCUUGAUUUUGUAAAUGAUAAUUUAAUUGUAAGGUUUUCUUAAUGUCACUCUUGGGAAAGAAGAUUUUAAUGUACCAGCUAUUACGAGCGCCUUUUCAAAGAUUUGUUGAUUCUAAAUUAACAAUAUUUUUGUCAAAAAUUUCAAACAGUAAAUUGUAUGGUUUACAAAUGAGAGCUGAAAUCCAUGUACAGAAAAAGGCUCACAAAAAAUUUAUUGUAUAAUAUUUAAAUGUAAUAAUGUUGUUUAUAAAUAAACAUCAAAUUUGACAAAACAAGUGUGUAUUUAAAAAUGAACAAAUUUAUCACUUCAUUAUAAUUACGUUUACACUCCCAUGUAUAAAAGCCUGUUGAG